UAAACACAUUUUUUUUCGCCAAAUUUUUUUUUUAAUGUGCGUUGUGGUUUGUUCUUACUUUUAGUUGUUGUAUAGUUCCUAACAAGUAUUCGAGCAUACGCGUUUUUAAACAACAAAUGCUUUGCCGCUGCAAACGUCGCUGUCAAUUGCCGUUGUUCCCAGUCGCCGCCGUUGACGCUGUUGCUUCCACUGGCAGCGGCUGCGCUGCCGCUGCUGCUGCUGCUGGACACAGUGAUUUAUUACAUUAAGUUAAAUGGCCGAUGCAGAUGAUGUCAAUAAGUUGGGCGGGCAGAGGGAGAAGAAUACAGCGGUUCACAUAGCCAAGGUCGAGGAACUACGCUCCUGUGCGCCCUUCAUCAAGAAUGUGGUGAAAACCUAUGGACGCCAGCUGGCCCAGGAGCAAUAUCGCAAGCUCAACAUGCUCGUCGAGCUGCUGGAAAGCGAAAUGCCCGCCGAGGAUUUCUAUCGUCGCUUUCCCGAGGAGAAGCUGAGCAAAAUCGAGGGCGUCAUUGAUAAAUUGAAGGCCAAAUUUGGUGCCCUGCUAAAUCCCAGCGAGAUAAUUGUGAUUGAUGCCGCGGAACCAAACGAGCUGCCAAGCACCUCAAUGGCAGCCGUUGAAGUUGUGUCCAAAUCGAAUCCAAGCGCAAUCAAAACUGCCGACAAAGUUGUGACAGCGAAUGGCACAUCGCCCUCGUCCAGGCUGGACGAUGUGCAUAGACCGAGUCCGGCUGCAGCCAAAAGCUCCACGGGCUUCGAGCGCAGAUCGAAUCCACCGAUGCUAAGUGCUUCGUUAAAUGCAGACAUGAGCUCACCGCCCGCCGCCAAGGCGGACUUCGAGCGUAGAGCGCAGCCGGCAGCCAAUCUGACCGUGGAUCUAACCUCGCCCAUUGGCAGCAGGCGGCAGGAUUUUACCCGCAGAACUAACCAGCUGACAGUCACAACAACAACGCCGCCGCCCGCCGUUGCCAAUGUGAGCAGUCCCCAGGCGAGAUCGCCCCUGAUCGUAUUCGAGCGUCGCUCGAAUCCGCCGGCGCGGUCCGUCGAAGCGGCGGCCAACUCGGAGGCGGAACAAUCGAAGCUCAAGUCGCUGGAGGAGGCACGCAAAAAGCUGGCCGCGUUGCGCGGCAACAGCGAGACAGUCGCACCCCAGUUGGCCUCCAAUUGCAAUGAUCCGCGCGGACGCAAAGCCAUCUAUGCGAACAACCGCUUGGAGCAGCGUUCGAGGUCUUCGUCGUUGUCGCCGCCACCGCCGCCGCCGGCGCUGCCGACGCGCACGUUUCCGACAGCCGGACGCAGCCAGACGCGUCCUCCCGCCAUGGUUAACAUUCCACGUGCUGCUGUCGCUGCUCCUCCUGCUGCACAGCACAACAUUCCGACGCCGUUGCUGCGGACCCGGGCGCCGCUUAAUCUCAACACAUCGGCCGCUGUAGCCGCCGCUGCAGCAGCUGCUGCAGCCGCUGCCAGUGCCGAAUUUCAGUGCAGUCCCAAUGAGCCGCUUCAGGAAUUCACUGAAAUGCGGCGCUACAAUAAUACGGAGUUGCGGGAUGCGCGCGAUCCGCGCUGCAACAAGUGGGUUAACAACAACAACAACAUCAAUGUGCCAUUGCUGGCAAACCCAACAGGAGUUCAGCAGCCGGGCGGACCAGCAGCAGCAGGAGCUAAUCAUCAGUAUCCGGGCGCAGUGCGUCGUCCGGCGCCCUACAAGGACGUGCCGUACGCUGGCUUCGAGGACGCGCCGCCUGGUCCCAACUGGCAGGCAGCCAACAAGAACAAUAACAACAACUAUAGCUAUAACAACAACAACAGCUGGUCCAAUAACAACCACAACAACAACAAUAACAAUGUUUACAACAAGCCCAACACCAGCUUUAGCUAUCGCGGCGGCUUCCAUCGCGGCGUUGGCCACAAUGGCAAUCCGCGCUUUCCCCCGCCCACGGCUACGGCUGUGCAUGCCGAGCCGCGCACCUAUCGCGAACAUCGUGAAGCUAAGGCCGCAGCUGCCAAGUUGCAGGCGGAGAAGCAACGUCAACUGGAGGCAGCCGAAAAGCAGCGUCAAAUCGAACACGAGACGCCGACGGGGCCAAAGCAGGCAACGGUCGAUGGGGAUCGCGUCCAGCUGGACACAUCAUAUCGCGAUGUAGCUGGAACAGCGACCAACAAGAAGCUCGAUUUCAAAAUACCCAAAAAGGUGCACGCGGCGGACAAGUCGUGCGGCGAGUCGAGAGGAGAGACAAGAGGGCAGAAGGCUGAUAGGACAAAUAGGUCGAAUGAAGUGCAGGCGGAAGAAGAGGAGGAGGAGGAGAACUGCAAUGAUAUUGACGUGGAGCAGGAGACGUGCACGACGAAAGGUAUUAAUGGAGAAUCGAACAAGGCACACAAGAAGGCAACGGAUAGGUUAAAUAAGGUAAAUAAAGCUGAUAAAAUGAACAAAAAGGAUAAGCCGGAUAAGUUGGAUAAGGCUACGGAUAAGAUUAUGGAUACGGUGGAUAAAUCGGAUAAAGUGGCUAAGCCAGAUAAAGCGAAUAAGUCAAUUAAAGCCGAUAAGGCAGAUAAAACGGAAAUAUUGGGUAAGACGGAUAAAACAGAUCAAUUAUUAGAUAGCACGGAUAAAGCAGAUAAGUCAAAUAAAAUGGAUAAAACGGAUAAAUUGGAUAAGAAACACAAGUCCGACAAGGAGCACGUAAAGCGCGACAAAUCGAAGCAUAGGGAUAAGAAAGGCGAAAUGGAUAAGGAUAAACGUGCGCAGAAAAAGGACAAAGCCAAUGCGGAUAAGCCCAAAGACAAAGAAGAAAAAGAAAAAGAGGCCAAGAAACCAGAUAACACGGAUAAUGUCGAGAACGAGCCGCCGGAGACGUCCGAAAAGCGCGCAGAGCCGGAUGAGCAGCCGGAAAGACGCAAAACCAAAGGCAGCAGCAAAAUGCCGGAGCAAGAGGAUGGGGUGGAGCAAGAGCAAUUGGAGCCCGAGCUAGAGGCGGACAAUGAGGACGCUAUUGUCGAUGUCGAGCAUCUGUCCGAAGAGACAAACUCUGAGCCAAAAGAGGCGAACAAAAAAGAUGAGGCUGAACUCAUGCCAAAGUUGCCCAAGCUAAAGGUGGUGCUUGGUCCCAAUGCGCACACCAUCACCAUAAUACCCAGAUACGAGAAUAACGACGAACCAAAGGCUGAGGCGGCGAAGACGGUGACGGAGCCGGAGACGGAACUGAAGCGUAUCAUGAAACGACGCAAAUCGAUGAUGCCGCUGGCCAGCAAGCCGCUGGUCGACAAAUCGGAGCUGUUCACGGGAAAUAGUUUCGUCUACGAGGACAUUGUGGAGCACCAGCGUCAGCAGCAGGAACAGACGGAGAAGCAAGCGGAGGAAGAGAUGUCGGAGGAGGCGUCGGACAUCAAUGCCAGCCGGCGAGCCAACCGGCAUCUGGCCAAUAUGUUCGAGAAGACGAAUGACAAUUGCAGCAUCUCCACGCACAAUAUACUCGCCGGCAAGCGACGCUCCUGCUUCAAUAAUCUGGCCAUGAACGAGACCCAGCUGAGUCGCAAUGUCUUUGGCCUGGCGCCCGGCGUCAAGACCAAGCCAAAAGCCAAGCCCAAAGAGCAGGCGCCGACAACGGCAGCUAAACGCAAGCGCGGCAGGCCGUCCAAGGCGGCGACAGAGGAGCGAGAGCAGCAGCCGGAACAGCAGCAGCAGCAGCAGGAGGAGGAGAAGCCGGAGCCGGAGCUGCCGCCAGCAAAGCGCGUCUGCAACGAACCGGCGACUGCGUUGCCACCGCCACGGCGCAAGCCGAAGCGCAGCGAGCUGGACAAGCUGAACGAGGACAUUGCGCACAUGUACUAUGCGGACGAUGUGAUGCGUGCGACCGGCAGACGCGCCUGUACGGCACAAAAGCAGAAGCAACAGAGGCAGCAGAAGCAGCUGGCUGAGAACGGCGCCUCCAGCUUGCGCAGCAGGUCGAGCAGCGGCAGCUUUGCCAGCCACGCGGAGCUAGCGCCCUUUAUACGCAAUGUGGCGCGACGUGGUCGACGCUUUGGUGGCGUCGCAUCGGGUCCGGAUCGAGCCAGCUUCAAGGCCAAGAAGCAGCUGCAGCUGGCGGAGCACACCAAGCGCUGUUUGGUGCGUUUGUCGCGCUGCGCCCAGCUGGAGCAGCUGCUCCGACAGAAGAAGCAAAAGCAACAGACGACGACGACGACGACAAAGAAGCGCUCGUCAACCAAAGCGUCCGCGGCCAGCAGCAGCAGUCCCAUCAAGAACAUAAAUCCCUCGUGGCACGCCAUGUCCACGGCGCUGAGCAGCUGCGUCAUUUGUGCCAAGCUCUUGCGCUUCCCCCUGCUGCACUAUGUGCAGCAUCACGAGGAACACUUCGGUUCACGCCUGCCGCCGGGCAUCCUGCAGCAGUUGCGCACGGGCCAGGACAAUCGUCCCAUUUACGGCCUAUCGCUGCCCAGCGUGCAGGGCGUCCGGUAUGGCUACAAGUGUCCGUUUUGCCGCAAGCAUCUGCAGCUGAACAACCCCAGCUGGGUGGAGCAUUUCGCUCGGCAUACGGGCGAACCGAAUUUCCAGUGCUCGCGCUGCAAGGUGCCCCGCCAUCGCCUCAACGAAAUCGAACGCCAUGUCGCCGGCUGCGGCGCCGGCGCCCGCGUCAUUGUCAACAACAAUUACAGCUGCCGGCUGCCGGUACGGAUACAUGUAUGCCAUCUGUGCGAUUUCGUGCAGCUCAAUCGACAGAAUCUGGAGCGGCACUGGAAGCAUCAGCACGCGUUCACCGACGAGCCAUUGGCCGGCCUUGGCCAGAAGCUGGUCAUCUAUCAUACGGCCGGGGUGCCCAUUGUCAAGUCGCAGGCGCUGGCCAAGAAUCUCUUACGGCGACACAAUGCCCAGGCCAAUGAGGCGGGCAAGGCGAAGGCCAGCAAAAAGAACAACAAGAAGAAGCAGAAGCAGCAGCAGCAGCAGCAAAAGCCCAAGCAGCCGACCAAGGUGGAGCCGGAGGCGCAGCUGGAUGAUGAAAACUCGUCGGCAUGCGUGGAUGUGCUGACCAUGCCGCCGCCCACGCUGCCGGAGGAGGAUCAGCUGCUGGUGCUCAACGAGUGCAAGCUGGAGCAGGAGGAGGAGCAGCGCCAGCAGCAACAGCAGGUGGAGCAUCAUCAGCAUGUGGAGCCAGAAAUAGGGCCGGAGCAGCUGCAGCUGCAGCCGGACGAUAAUCUGUCCGGCAUCGGCUCGGAUGGCUCCGACAAUGAAAAGGAUCACGACGAGGGCAUGAACACGCCCAAACAGCGCGACGAAUGGAUCGAUGUCGAGUGCGGCAGCGGCAGCGUCCAACGCCAAAAGUCCAUCUUUCGCAAUUUUCACAAAUUCUGCAGCAAACUGGGCAACGGCAGCCCCGCCAGCAAAACGAGCAGCAAGUCGACCAAGUCCGCGGCGAGCAGCUGCUGCGAUGGUGACGUCGCCGACUUGGAUUCCGUGCAAAUGCCCGCUCAGGCAACCACACCUACUCCUACGCUAACUACGUCCACGUCCACGCUAACCCAACAGUUCAGCGUUGAGAAUGUGGCGUAUCGUUUGCGUCCAACGUCGGAGCAACAACAAGAACCGCAACCCGCUUACUAUUGCAAGCAGCCCGGCUGCACGUUCCUAUUCUCCAACGAGCUGGAGGGCCUAGAGAAUCAUUUUACUCGCGAGCAUCCGCUGGUGCGCUGGAGCGGACACUGUGCCAGCUGUACGGAACAGACGCAGCCGCAGCAGGAGCUGCAGCUGGAGCAGCAGCUGACCAUUAGCGCGGAGCUGCAGCAUCUGGUCAGCCGGCACAUGGCAGUUCCAGCUGCGGCACAAGCGGAGCCCGUUCUGCCCAAGCUGCGCGUGCGACGCUUUACCGGAGAUCGUCUGGCGGCUGAGCCGGAAGCGUUGCCAACAACAGCCCAGCUGGAGCCGGAGCUGGACCCCGAGCUGGACCUGGAGCUAAUGCAGUUUAGUCAAGCCCACACAAAUACGAUGCUGCGCGAGUUGCUCGUCGCCGAGCCGCGUCCGCCCAGCCAGCCGCAGAUGGAGCCAAGCGAGUUGCCAGCCGCGGCGCCCAUCCUAAAGCCAACGGUUGUCAAUCAUGCGUCCGAGCUGGGGCUGGCCAUUAAUCAGGUGUACAGCCUGGCCGAAGGUGUGCCGCCCCAGCUGGCCGGCGAAACGUUGCCGCUGCCCGCCGUAACCAAUGGCCGAUACGUGCUCACCCAAAACGUGCCGCAGCACUCGGCCGCCGAGAUUAACAUAACCAUCGAGCCACAGCAGCCGCAAGAGACGCCGGAAAGCGUCGCCAAGUGGCGCAGCAAGCGUCUUGUGGCGGAUCGUUUCCGUUGCAUGGCGCCCAAUUGCAACUUCUGUGCGCACACGGUCCUCUGCAUACGGGAGCACAUGAAGUUCCAUUGCUAUAGCUUCGGCAGCAAGGAUUAUCUGCAGUGCGCCUAUUGCCCGCAUAUUGGCAGGGAUGUGGAUGAUUUUGUGCAUCAUGGGGUCAUCGAGCACGGACUCGCCUCGCGCUCCGAACUGCAGGAGUCGAACGUUUCGCCGUCGACGCCAACCACGGCCGCGUCUGUCAGUCAGCGUAUUCGCGAUCUGCUCAAUCAGCGCAAUGGCCCGAGCUCCACGACGGCGACAACAACAGCCACAGUUUCGCUAGCUUCGACAGCUGUUGACGCAACUGUUCCGCCCUCAACCUACUUCGGUGCACUGCGUGACACCAACACACCCAUAUCCAGUGUGCUGGAGGAGCUGCUCAAAAACACCGGCUAUGAUGAUAACAAGCUAUAUGCUUGCCCCUUCAAGGCGUGUAGCGUGCCGCUGACGGAAGACGCCUUUGUGAAUCAUGUGCUCUUCCACAUGGCCAGCAAUCCGAAUAUUGGUGCUCUUACAUGCAAGUUUUGCCGACAAACCUUUGAGCGUCCGCCGUCGUUGCGGACACAUCUGCAGCAGAUGCACGCACGGCACAAUUACUUUUGCAGCAUUUGCCUGGAAACGACGACGAAUCGCAGGCUAAUGCAUCAGCAUCUGUCCAGCCAGCAUGCCGAGGAAUAUCGUCUGGUCAAUUGCCAGCAGCAGUUCAUUGAGCUGCCCACACAGCCGGAGGAUCAGCCGGAGCAUGGCAGCGUGUUGGCAAAGCGUUGGGUUUGCGCCGUCGAGCAGCCCUUCGGCAAAAAGCAAAUGGAAGACUUUGUCAAUAAGCUUCUGGACGAAUGGUUGUGCCGUCGCCAGGGCACCAAGACCAUCUAUCGACCCUCGGAGCUGAGUCUGUUGCCGCGCCAGCGUACAUUCGCGCAGAUGAUGACGUGCGGCGAAUGCCAGUUCCAGUCGCAGGAAUACAAACAUCUGCACAACCAUCUCCAGCAGCAUAGGGAGCAGGCGGUGAUCGUUGCCUAUCAUGCCAAGCCGACGACCAAACAGCCGGCGGCCACAUCAACCAUAAGCGAGACAGCUAACAACACGCCGGCAGAGCCGGCUAGUUCGACAAACGCACCCGCCAAUGAACAUGAAACGCCUGGCAGCCGUGUGCCACGCAUUCCCAAAUGGAGUUAUGUGCCGAGGGCAGAGCGGUUCGUUUGCUGCAUUGCCGAAUGCCGUGUCCAUCUGGCCACGGAGUCGGCGUUGCGGCAACAUUUCAUGACGGAGCACAGCUAUGAGCAGCUGUACAAGUGCUUCCAUUGCCAAGCUGAGGACAAGUUGACCAGCCUUGAUAAACUGCUCGAGCAUUAUGCCUAUCACAAGCGAUUCAUUUACCAGUGUGGCCUCUGUGCUGCGUUCCAUCCCAAGCGGCUCUCCAUCGAGCGACACAUUCAGCGGCAUAUCGGACAGAAUGUCGACCUGGUCAUACACAGGCGCAGCGACAGCUCCCUCAACAGCGACAUCCGUUGGAUUAAGUCAUCCCUGGGUUUACGCACCAACCCAGACGAUUGGCUAUGCAAUCUGUGCACCACGGUGGUGGCCAGCCAGAGCCAGAUAUUGGCACACAUGGCUCAGGUGCACGGACGCAAGCAUCAGUUCAGCUGUCCGUUUUGCACAGUGUGCGACAAGGAUGUGACGACAAUGAUGCAGCAUAUGCGACGCGAACAUCCCGACAAGCGGGUGCAGCCGAUUAAGAACUAUCAGCGAUGUAAGAUGAAGAACUGGCAUACGUUGGGCUUCUAUUGCAAUUCGUGCGACGCCGCGGCCAACAGUUAUCAGCGCAUGCGUAAGCACUGCGAGAGCCGGCAUAAGGUUGGAUUUCAAUUUAAAUGCCCCCACUGCACGCAUGGGCAUGCCUUGGAGCGUGUCAUCAUAACCCAUAUGCACGAGAAUCAUUCGGGCAAAGAGGGACUUGUCCAUCAGCAGUUCGAGCGGGUGGCCAACGAGAUGCCCGAUGACGAUUAUUGGGCUAUGGCCCAUCCUUUUGACGGCACGACGUCCAGCAACAACAGCACCAGCUGCAAUAACAAUAACAACAACAACAACAAUGACAACAGUAAUAACAACAAAACCUGCACCGUCAGCAACAACAGCAGCUUCCCCAAUGAGCCCACUAUUAUCGAUGAGAUCGAAUUGUUUUCGUCGGAUGAAGAGACUUAUGAACAGAGAACAUACGAAUUCACCUGUUCCCACUGCAACGAGACGAGCAGCGAUGUCGUCGAGCUGCGCACCCAGCAUUGGGCGGAGAAGCAUGCGGAGCAUCCAUUCUAUUUUAGCGUACAGCCGCAAUUGCGCUGUCCGGAAUGCCGGAAUUUUGUGGGCAAUGCGAAAUCGCUGCUGGAGAACCAUUUGCCCAAUGUGCAUUCGAUACGCAAUCUGGUGGCCUGCGAUGUGAACAAGCCGAACGAGUGCGCCUUCUGCCAUCAUCGUUACCAGGGCUGGUUGGGUCUGGCCCAGCAUAUGGUGACCGAGGCGCAUUUGUCCAACGAUCUGAAGUCCCUUAAGGAUCGGGAGCUGAACGAACUGCUCAAGCUGGGCGCCAUCAGCCGGGAGCGGCAGUCACGGGAGUCGCCCGGCGAAUAUCCCAACGAGUAUUAUCAGUGCAACAUGUGCCGCGUGAUAAUGCCCACAAAUGUGGCAAUGGCGCAGCACGGACGUGUGGAGCACAGCGCAUCGCCGGAACGCUUCUGUUUCCGACAGGUCAAGGAUCUGGUCAUCUUUCACUGCUCCUUCUGUAUGUUCGCCUCGACCACGGAAAUGGAAACGCUGCGUCACAUGCUCGAUCAUUAUAAGAAAUUCCGGCAUUGCCAUUUCUGUCAGGCCAUUCAAAUUGAUGGCUUCGAUGAGUAUAUCCAGCAUUGUUAUACGUUCCAUCGGGAUGCAGUGCAUCGCUUUCAGCAGGUCCAUCCGUAUACGGAUCUGAAAAAGUUCCUCAUGCAGGUGCUCUAUCAAUUCCAGAACGGCCUGAUCAUCAGCAAGAGCAGCCUGCGCCGCACACGCUUCCAGGACGAACGUUCCAUGCUGAAAUUGUACACGGAACUGAUGCGCAAAGCCCAACAGCCGCCGAUACCACGUCUGCUCAUUAGCCAGCUGCUCAAUCGCAAUGUCACGGCCACUGUUUCGUCCAAUGGCCGACAGCUAGAGCAGCAGCUCGUGGCGGCGUCUGCCAAGCUAACCAAGCGGCGCAAAACUCUCAAUCCCGAUGAUCUGAAUGCCCGUCUUAAUGUCACGCCCGGCGUGCCACAGCAACAGGCGCAGGCGAAUAGCCGCAGCUCUGUCAUCAAUUGGCACACAUCCUUCACCGGCAAUCAGGCAGCUUCUGCUGCUGCUGCUCCUGCUGUUGCCACGCCCACAUCCACUCAAUCGGCAGCUAGUACAUCGACUCCGCCGAUGCCCAACCUCGAGCGAAUCCUGAAGCGUCGCAGCACCUUUGUAGACAUCGGACAGCUGGCAACGACGCCUGGCCUAAAACGCGGCUGCCCGCCAGAUCGUGAUGCCUAAACAGAUGCCAGCCAGCUCCAAUUUUAAUUGUAUAUCUCCCACUUCCCUGCCCAGCAACUCGUGAAUACGUUCCAAGGAUUGCCAACAGUAUUUUGGCCAAUUGUAAACGUGACAUGAUAAUAAUGUUACCUAGACUUAAGGAAUAUGUAUUGAUAAUAAAUAUUCGAUUCCAAUGGCAAAAAGGAAA